UUCUGUCACAGUUCUUUGCUUGGUCAUAAUAAUUACCUUUUUGUUCUUUACAAGGAAAACUUUUUAAUUUCGAAUUUUAUUUGGUGUUCAUAUUAUUUGGUAUACUGCUCAUGCAUGGAUUAAGAUCAUAUGAGAACUUUGCUACCUGAGGAUUUUACAAUGUUUUUGUCUUAGAUGCUGUAAUGGAACGUUUUCCUUUAAAGUCUACUGGCCCUAAAAUGGGUACAACUUACCAGUCCGUUUAUAAAAAGGGUGCAAACGCCAGCAAUGGGCGGGGCGUGCACUCGGCGAGCGAGGAUGACAUGGUAGACAUCACGGCGGGACUGCACCAGGCCACCGGCGGCAGCGUCACCACGCCCACCAGUCACGGUACCUUCCAGCUCUACGAGCACAGCACCAGGAACUCCAACGCGAGCACCAACUCCUACAUCGCUCAAUACUUCAGUUCUUCUGCGGGGGACGCAGUGUUGUUUUCCGGAAUGUCAGCUGACGAUGACAUCCCUGGUAUCGGGCAAUAUGAUGACUUCCACACGAUUGACUGGCAACGUGACAUCGCUCGCGAUCGCAUGCGACAUAGGUACAUCGUCAAGAAGAGGCAGGACUCCAUAUGGGAUCUUAUAAAGGGAGCUCACGACGCUUGGUCAGGAUGGGUAUGCGUGCUGCUAGUCGGCGUUUGCACGGGUAUAGUCGCGGGUGUCAUAGACAUCGGUGCCUCGUGGAUGACCGACCUCAAAUUCGGCAUCUGUCCGCAAGCGUUCUGGCUGAACAGAGAACAAUGCUGCUGGUCCGAUACUGAUACUACUUUUGACACUGGGAACUGCUCACAGUGGCUGACUUGGCCGCAAGUCCUAGGAGGGCAACGCGAGGGCCCGGGCGCUUACAUCAUCAGCUACCUGUUCUACAUCGUAUGGGCUCUGAUAUUCGCCGCACUCUCCGCCUCGCUGGUCAGAAUGUUUGCGCCUUAUGCCUGCGGAUCAGGUAUACCUGAGAUCAAGACGAUAUUGAGCGGCUUCAUCAUCCGCGGUUACCUUGGCAAGUGGACUCUGAUCAUCAAGGUGGUGGGCCUGAUUCUGUCAGUCUCCUCCGGCCUCUCGCUCGGCAAGGAAGGACCUAUGGUGCACAUCGCCAGCUGUCUUGGGAAUAUUCUAUCUUACCUGUUCCCGAAGUACGGCCGUAACGAAGCGAAGAAGCGUGAGAUCUUGUCGGCCGCCGCCGCCGCUGGUGUGUCCGUCGCUUUCGGAGCGCCUAUUGGUGGAGUGCUUUUCAGUUUAGAAGAGGUAUCGUACUACUUCCCGCUGAAGACUCUGUGGCGUUCAUUCUUCUGCGCUCUGAUAGCUGCGUUCAUCCUGAGGUCAAUCAACCCGUUUGGAAAUGAGCACUCUGUAUUGUUCUUCGUGGAGUACAACAAGCCUUGGAUCUUCUUCGAGCUAAUACCAUUUGUUGGCCUUGGUAUUAUUGGGGGCUGCAUAGCGACGAUAUUCAUAAAAGCGAACAUAUUCUGGUGCCGCUACCGUAAGUUCUCGAAGCUCGGUCAGUACCCGGUGACCGAAGUGCUAGUGGUGACGUUGGUGACAGCUGUCAUUGCCUACCCGAAUCCUUACACCCGUAUGAAUACGAGUGAGCUGAUAUAUCUGCUGUUUAACCAGUGCGGUAUCUCCAACUCGGAUCCUCUGUGUGACUACAACCGUAACUUCACGGACGUGAACUCAGCGAUAGAGAAGGCGGCAGCAGGCCCGGGCGUGUACCGCGCCAUCUGGUUGCUGGUGCUCGCGUUAAUACUCAAGCUGGUCAUGACGAUAUUCACGUUCGGCAUCAAGGUGCCUUGUGGUCUCUUCAUACCCAGUCUGGCGCUUGGAGCUAUUGCUGGCAGGAUUGUGGGAAUCGGCGUGGAGCAACUAGCGUACAACUACCCGAAGGUGUGGCUGUUCUCUGGCGAAUGCUCGACCGGCGACGACUGCAUCACGCCGGGGCUGUAUGCGAUGGUCGGCGCCGCUGCUGUACUGGGCGGGGUCACUAGGAUGACAGUGUCGCUAGUGGUGAUAAUGUUCGAGCUGACUGGCGGAGUCCGGUACAUCGUGCCUCUGAUGGCGGCCGCUAUGGCGUCCAAGUGGGUGGGCGACGCUCUCGGCAGGCAAGGCAUAUACGACGCUCACAUCGCGCUCAACGGAUACCCCUUCCUUGAUAGCAAGGACGAGUUCCAACAUACGUCUCUCGCCGCUGAUGUCAUGCAACCUAAACGCAACGAGACGCUGUCGGUGAUCACUCAAGACUCGAUGACUGUGGACGACGUGGAGACAUUACUCAAGGAAACUGAACACAAUGGAUAUCCGGUAGUCGUGUCUAAGGAGUCGCAGUACCUCGUCGGAUUUGUGCUGCGCAGGGACCUCAAUCUCGCUAUCGCGAAUGCCCGGCGCACUAUGGAAGGUAUAACCGGUCAGACAGUCGUGAUCUUCGCGGGCUCCAACCAGCCGCUGUCCCCUCCGCCCUGCCUCAUGCUGAACCGCAUCCUGGACAUGGCGCCCAUCACCGUCACCGACCAGACGCCCAUGGAGACUGUUGUAGACAUGUUCCGCAAGCUCGGAUUGAGGCAGACCCUUGUCACACAUAACGGACGUCUCCUGGGAGUGAUCACGAAGAAGGACGUGCUGCGUCACGUGAAGCAGAUGGACAACGAGGACCCGAACUCGGUCCUGUUCAACUGAGGCCGAGCUCGCCGCCGCAGCUCCGAGCGUCGAUCGUCUUCUUACUCACGAACACGCGAUUACGUCAUGCUGCACUAUCUAACGUUAUUAACAUAAAUAUCGCGACGGGCACACAUGCGCCCCACAUUAUAUACUGCAAUGCGCGAUAACAAUAGGAAUUUAUGGAAUUUAUUGUGUGUGAUCAGUAGUCGUAGUCUAAUUAGGUGUAACUCCCACAGGAAGUUAGUGUAUAGCAACACUAAUCUCGAAGUAAAGCAUACGUGUCGCUUCAUCUAUAUAAUAUCGAUUUAUUAAUUUGUGUGUAGAAUAAUAUCAGCUGUACUUUGUCGUGUAUACGUAAUUGUUACGCUGGAAACUCAUUUGUAUAUUUUGAUGUAACUGUGUAGUUUUGAGGCAAGUAUACCGCGACUAGUCGGCUAAAAGUGUUUAGUAUCGAGUAUAUUAAAUGUCAUUGUAUUUCUGCGCUACUAAAGUACAUAAAUGAAUAUUGUGAAUGUUUUAUACAGAGUAUUAUAGAAGUGUACAUCACUAUUUUAUAAUAUACAAACAUGUCAUUAGCUUUAUCUGAGUUCGUGUCUUUGUCAAAGUAUAGUAAAGCUUAUACAAAGCUCAGGUAAAGUUGAUGAUAUUCAGUAUUUUAUUUUAAGUGCAACAAAAAUAUUUAUGUCACAUAUGAAAUUAAUCAAUUUACUUGUAAUAUAAUUUAUACUUCAUAUUUUUUUUAUUACUGUCGAUGAUUAUAUAUAUUAAGCUAUAGUAUAGUUAACGUAUGAAUAAUGAACAAGGAGGUUAGAUUUACUAUAUUAUUAAAUUAAUUUAUUUUUUCUGAUUCACAUAAUCUGGUGUAACAUCCAAGGUUUUAUGUAAAUAAUGUAUCGCAUAUAAAAUAUAAUGUCUUGCAAAUAUCUCAUUUUAAGUAGUUAUAGAAUUGGAUAUUGAUUGUUUAGUAUGCUGUAUAACUGUUUGUACAAGCUCGCGUGUGUAACGGAGAUAGUAGAAGGUAGCUGAGGAUGGGGUGGGGUCAGUGACGUCACUCAUCCACUUGUCCACAACAGGACACCCACAUUUGUAUAGUUCAAUAUUUGUGUAUAUAAUGUACAUAAAUAAAUUAUGAUGAUGUCUUAACAUUUACAUAAUUGUUCAUUUAAUAAAAAUAGCUUAAAUGCACCCGUCCCUGUAUCAAUUUACUUUUCGAAUUGCACACAGCUGUGAGUGAUUUAAUCACAAUAUUGCCUGGCUUACGGGUUUUAUGAACCAGGCAAUGCGAUUUAAAAGAGAAUGCAUGUGUGCCAUUGUAGCUGGAACCCUGUGCCCUUAUAACUAAUUGUCAGGCCUUUCGUCGUCGCCUAAAGACAAAUGUCGCCGUGAAGCGGAGAUUUGUGUUGCCUUGUCCACGAACGGCCUUUUACUACAUGCCAUUGAUACAGGGAUGUGCUUAGGGUACGAACUAAAAUGCAGCUGAAUUUAUUUAUAUAAUCGAAAAGCGUGAUUAUUGUUAUACAUAUGUAAUAGUAUAAUACAUUGAAGUAUUUGAGUGAUGGCACCAUUUUUAAGAUCGAACAGAGUCGUGUGGCAAAGAGCUCUUUACAACCGUCUCGCAGUAACGUAUUUGAAUAUUGUACUGUUUAUAUGUAUUUUAUAUAAAAGGACUGAGAAUUUAAAAUGAUAAAUGACUAAGUAUUAAAUGAAUAUUGUAUAACUAUAAAAUAAACUAUACUCGAGUGCAAGUCGCCAUUCGGCGCGCGCUACUUUUUAUAAUAGAUUUACAUAUUAUAAUGUAUCCUAACAGUUGGCUAUCAUAUGCAAUGUUGAAAUCACACGAGUAAUUUGUAGGUACAUCAAUUGUAGCCAAACUUUUAAAGGCCUGGUGCAUUAAAUGUAUGUAUAUGAGAUUUUAAAUUAUGACCGGUUUCGUUCUAACACCACUGACUAUUGGUUACACCUUUAAUCUUAUACAAUGUGACGUAAGACGUAAACAAAAGUUAUAGCUUCAUUUACUUCAUAAUUAUUGUACAGAACGAGAAUGUCUUUUACAAAGUACUAAUAUAUUUUGUUGGAACCGGCUAAUAGAUUUCAAGUAAUGAGAUUUUAAAGUGAGUCAUUCUCGUUUGAUCCCACUUUUUAUGUAUUCCCGAUGGAUCCCUUUUCUAUUCUCAUUGAAUCCCACUUUAGAUGUAAUUUGUAUUUCCGAGCAGAAAAAUGGUUCACCAAAAUUAAAUAUUCUUAAUCGACUUUCCAAAAAAAGGAUAUUUUACUAACUUGGUUUCCUGCGGUCUUUCGUUGAAUUCAAUCUUUAUUAUUAUUUAGAAGUAGAAGACUUCUCAAUUAUGUACUCUCAUUCCUCUUCACUUCUAAUGCCCUAGUCAUUUAAUGAUUUAAAUAGUAUUUUUUUGGUGGAAGUUGUAAAAUUGAUAAUUACCCAUCAUUAAAAUUGGCUCAAAAAGUGGGAGACAACGAGAAAGACACUAAAAUGUGAUC